CGAGUGAAGGCUGUUGCAAAGCAACCCCUAAGGGUGUUUACUUCGAAUUAGUAGCUGCCUAGUGAGUUUGUUUCGAGUUUGCAACCUUCCAGACUAGGCGCGUUAAAAAGAGGUCUCCGCCCGGGGCCCCGGUUAGGCGGCGCGGGGAGCGGGGCAUCAACCUCUCUUUCCUUCGACGCCCCGUUAAGUAAGUUACAGACAGGAUUGUAUGCAAAAUCAUGGAAAUGCCAUCAAAGGAAUCUGAGCCUACCCCACCACCUCCACAAUAUCCAGGCCCAGGAUAUCCACCUGGCCAAGCCCAAUAUGGAUAUCCUCCAAAUGCACCUGGACCUGCAGUCCCAGGUCUGCCAGCAACUUACAGUGCUGUCCCGGUUCAGUAUCAGCCUAAUGUGCCUGUGAUUUGGAUGCCGCCACCUCCUGCAAUUCCAAAAUGCCCUCCAGGAUUGGAAUAUUUAAGCCAGCUUGAUCACCUAUCAAUUCAACAGCAGAUUGAACUCAUGGAAAUGAUAAGUGGCUUUGAAACUUGCAACAGAUAUGAAGUCAGAAACUCUGUGGGGCAGAUGGUGUAUUUUGCAGCUGAGGAAAAUGACGACUACACCCUGAAUUGUUAUGGGGCACUACGCCCCUUCACCAUUAAGUUCUAUGACAGUGCAAGCCAGCCAAUCAUGCAGCUGACAAGAGAUUUCCAGUGUUCCAUUUGCUGCUGUCCUUGUAUUUGCUGCUUGCAAGAGCUUGAAGUUCAGGCCCCACUAGGCACAGUCAUUGGUUAUGUUAAACAGAAGUGGCAUCCCUUUCUCCCUAAAUUUGUUCUUCAAAACGAGGCCAGAGAAAGCGUACUUAAAAUGACUGGGCCAUGUGUGCCAUGCCGCUGUUUCCAGGAUAUUCAUUUCGAGGUGAAGACACUGGAUGGGAGGUCUACAGUCGGAACAAUCCAUAGGAAGUGGGCAGGCAUGGCAAGAGAGGCUGCCACAGAUGCAAGCAACUUUGAUGUCCAAUUCCCCAUGGACCUUGAUAUCAAAAUGAAAGCAAUCACCAUGGGGGCCUGCAUGCUUCUGGAUUUCAUGUUUUUUGAACGUGCGGGAAACAGAAACCGUCAACGUCGUUCUGGGGUGCAUCAUGGAGCACACCAUGGUGCUGGGGUGCAUCAUGGGAUACAUCAUCAUGCAGGAAUGCAUCAUGGGAUGCAUCAUCAUGCAGGAAUGCAUCAUGGGAGACAUCAUCAUGCAGGAAUGCAUCAUGGGAGACAUCGGCGUUAGUUCAGGCCAAUUUUGCAAUGUGAAAAUGGAAAUAUGAGUGUGAAUUGCCAAAAUUGUGUUCUCCCAUAUCUGUUUACUAAAAUAAGUUACCUAUCCAACUUGUAAAAGGGAUUUUACUUUUUUUUUUCUUUGCAUUUAAAGUAGUAGUAGUAAUAAUACUUUUAAAAAAUCAUUUAUACCCUGCCAAUCUGACUGGGUUGCCAUAGUAGCUUAUUUUGGUAAUUUGCAACUACCGCUGUAAUCUUCAUACCCUAUAAACUAUAAUAUUCCCUCUAGGUAACUCAAAAUAUUGCCAAAAAAUUUUGCACUGCUUUAAAAUACUAUUUUGAUUCAGCUAAUAAAUCACUGUAUAAAUAGAAGUAUUAAUUAUAAAUAAUAGUUAAAGUACUGCACGUCCUUUCCAGAUCACCAACAGGCUUAAUAGCAAAGCAGCAGAAAUCCAACCCUUUAUUCACUGCUGCAGUUGAAAAGCCUAGACAGUGACCAAAUUACUGCUCUCCAAGUGCCUUUUAAGGAUUGUAUUCUAUAUGAUGGUCCUAAUGUCUGCCUUUUUUAUAUUUUAUACUGCAAGUGUAACAAAAAGAAAGAUGUUUGCAAUGAUUUUGUAUUGCAUUAUUUCGCACUGUAUUGUUGUGCAACUG